AUGGGCUGCGGAGCAUCAAAAGCCGCCCUCCUUUUACCACACCCAGCAGUAGACACAGAAUUCGGCCCAAUCGAAGGAAAACGUAUUUUACUGCGUGACAGACGAGUAGUCAACGUAUUUCUCGGCGUUCCCUUCGCCGAGCCGCCCAUCGGAAAUCGACGCUUUAAACGACCGGAAUCUCCUGAGCCUUGGACUAAAACUUUACCGUGUAAAGUGUACAAAAAACGGCCAAUGCAGACCAACUACAUCUGGGACAUUACACACACUGGUCGAGGUGUUAGCGAAGACUGUUUGUAUUUGAACAUAAUGGCUCCGGCUUGGAGCAAUAAAGAGUUUAAGAACGGCUUCCCGGUUUGUGUUUAUGUUCAUGGAGGUGGGUAUGUCAUGGACUCGGCCGCUGGGUAUCGGUAUGGGAAUAUUGCGAGGUAAGUUGUUUAAGAUUACUGUGGAGCUUACAUAUAUACUAGGUUUGGCCUAGCCUAGAGCUAAAAGUAGGUAUGUUUCCAGUGCCGGCAGGUACCAGUCUAUACCACUCAUAAUUUCAGAACGCUAGUAUCAAAGGAAGUGCUAGUAGUAACGCCAGAAUAUCGUCUAGGCUACUUUGGCUUCUUUUGCUUGGAUGAUAAACAUUGUAAAGGCAAUUUCGCGCUAUGGGAUCAAGCAAUGGCAUUAAAGUUUGUCAAGGAUAAUAUUGCCAAAUUCGGUGGUGAUCCAGAGAAGAUCACUGUUAUGGGACAAAGUGCCGGAGGCACGUCUACUGAUCUUUUGAGUUUGUCACCUAUUACUAGAGGUAGGUUUAGGUUGGUAUUUUGUUUUAAUUAGUAUUGUUUUGAAGUUUUUUUGAAGUUUUUUAGUUUAUUAUUAGGUAGUUCAACUAAUUCUUUGCCCCCUCUGAAAACGAAAUUUUAUCUCAUUUUUCAACUUUAGAUUGUCUUGUUGUAGUAAUAGAUUGUAUUGUUGUACUAAUAUAAAGAUUGUCUUGUAGUACUAACAUAUUGUUUUAGAUUUAUUUCACCAAAAGAUUUGUAUGGCCGGAUCGGCCGAAAAUCAAUGGUCAAUGAGUGAAAAAGAGUGGGUAAUAAAACGAUGUAGAGAAAAAGCCCUCAAACUUGGCUUUGUCAGAACAUCAGAAUGUGAGUUGUUUAUUGAUAACAACAAAAAUUGUUUCGUAUUUUAGGUGAUCUUUAUUUAUUUUUUGUAUUUAUUAUUAUUUUAGUUUAAUCUUUUCUUCUUUUCAAACACUAAUUGUAUUGUUUAUACGUUUUUUUUAUUUCUUUUCUUUAAUUUCCAGUUCAAAAAUAGUUUUUUUAGUAUUGCUUUUUAUUAUUUUGAUAUUGUACUUUGUAUUUGAUCAAUUUUUGAGUCGUUACACAAAUUAUUUUAUAAAAUUUUAGCUCCAGAAUGGACUGAAGAAGAGAAUAAACAAUGUAUGGAAUAUUUACGUAAAUUGCCGUCGGCAAAACUGGUAUACCCCGUUCAUAGUAAGUUCAACAUUUUUUAA